AUAAAAAGUUACACAGUUUGGAGACUAAAUUAAAACGUGGGUUUAUGAAAAAAAAAAUACAAAAAUCCCUCGAUAAUCCCCAAAAUUCCGUUAUUUGACACGCUACGGUCUCGUUUUUCCAUUUCCAAAAAUCACCAAAAUGCCACAGUAGUGCAAAAUAUUUUGUAUUGCUCUAGAUUCAAAAAGGACGCCCCAGAAUUCCAGAUCUACGCAACUCCGCCACCGCUCACCGCCGUGGGUUUUUUUAAACGAUGAAACUUCUCGGCAAUGUCGAUCUCCUCACUAGCCAAACGGCGAUCAAAUUUGCCGCCUUCAUUUUCAUCUCCGUCUCUUUCUUUUACUUAGGUAAACACUGGUCCGACCGUUCCCGCCAGCUCAUUUUCUUCUCCCGCCAAUCACCUUCCGCGACGGCUUCGUAUAUACCUACCGUCGGUAUUUCUCCCAAUUUCAAUAAAGAAUUCAAUAUUUCCGCUCUCAUUAGUGCCACAGAACCGGAAACCGAAUCGAAACCAGUUGAUCCAGUAAAAAAUGAUGGGAAACCGGUGUCGGCAUCGGAGGCACAUUCACCUCAGCAUCCACCUACGACUCCGCCCCCGCCGCCGGUGAUAAAGAGUUACGGAAUCGUGGAUGAGAAUGGUACGAUGUCGGAUGAGUUCGAGAUCGGGGAGUUCGAUCCAAAUUUGGUGGAGAAUUGGGGAAAUGGGACGGAGAUCCAGGAGGAAACGAAAACGGAAGGUGCUACGUCUACGUUUAGGGUUAAGAAGUUUGGGCUUUGUGAUGAGAGUAUGAGAGAGUAUAUUCCUUGUUUGGAUAAUGUGGAAGCGAUUAAGAGGCUUAAAUCGACAGAAAAAGGAGAAAGAUUUGAACGGCACUGUCCGGAGAAAGGGAAAGGAUUGAAUUGCUUGGUUCCGGCUCCGAAAGGGUACCGGCCUCCGAUCCCUUGGCCUAGAAGCCGCGAUGAGGUAUGGUUCUAUAAUGUCCCUCAUACUCGACUAGUAGAUGACAAAGGUGGUCAAAAUUGGAUUUCCAAAAAAGGGAAGGAUAAAUUCAGCUUUCCUGGAGGUGGCACACAAUUCAUACAUGGGGCAGAUCAGUACCUGAAUCAAAUUUCUAAGAUGGUCCCUGAGAUUACAUUUGGUCAGCAUAUUCGUGUUGUUCUGGAUGUUGGAUGUGGUGUGGCAAGUUUUGGAGCUUAUUUGUUAUCACGGAAUGUUAUAACCAUGUCAAUAGCUCCCAAAGAUGUCCAUGAAAACCAGAUUCAAUUUGCACUUGAACGUGGAGUGCCUGCAAUGGCAGCUGCAUUUGCAACUUGUCGUUUAUUGUACCCCAGUCAAGCCUUUGAUUUGAUACAUUGUUCUAGAUGUCGUAUCAAUUGGACCCGUGAUGAUGGAAUUUUGCUCCUUGAGGUGAACAGAAUGCUUAGAGCUGGUGGAUAUUUUGCUUGGGCAGCACAGCCUGUUUACAAACACAAACAAGCCCUUGAGGAACAGUGGGAAGAGAUGCUUAACCUUACUACUCGCCUCUGCUGGACUCUUGUAAAGAAGGAAGGGUACAUUGCAAUAUGGCAGAAGCCUUUCAAUAACAGCUGUUAUUUAAGCCGGGAAGCUGGGACUAUUCCUCCUUUGUGUGAUCCAAAUGAUGACCCGGAUAAUGUUUGGUAUGUUGAUCUAAAGGCAUGUAUUAGUCGAAUUCCUGAGAAUGGAUAUGGUGCAAACGUUGCUCCUUGGCCUGCUCGUUUGCAAACCCCACCUGACAGGCUGCAGAGCAUACAUAUCGAAUCCUACAUAGCUAGAAAAGAACUCUUCAAGGCUGAAUCAAAAUACUGGAAUGAAAUAGUGGCAAGCUAUGUCCGUGCUCUACAUUGGAAGAAGUAUAAACUAAGAAAUGUAAUGGACAUGAGAGCUGGCUUUGGAGGAUUUGCUGCAGCAAUGAUUGACAAUCAACUCGAUGCUUGGGUUCUAAAUGUAGUCCCUGUUAGUGGGCCCAAUACAUUGCCUGUUAUAUAUGAUCGUGGAUUAAUAGGGGUCAUGCAUGACUGGUGUGAGUCGUUUGAUACAUACCCAAGGACCUAUGACUUAUUGCAUGCAGCUGGCCUCUUCUCGGUUGAGAGGAAAAGAUGCAAUAUGUCUACCAUCAUGCUUGAAAUGGACCGGAUAUUACGACCUGGUGGACGAGUAUACAUCCGCGAUUCUCUUGAUGUUAUGGAUGAACUUCAAGAUAUCGCAAAAGCCAUGGGUUGGCAUCCUACUCUACGCGAUACAUCCGAGGGUCCUCAUGCAAGUUACAGGAUCUUGGUAUGUGACAAGCGCCUACUCCGCAGUUGAACCAAUAGAACUAAAGACUCGAAGGCGGAAACCUCACCCCUUCCGCAAAUUGAAGACAGCUAAAGCAAGUCUUGCAAAUGAUUGUUUCCAAAUAAAAUACAAGUCGUCAAUUACAGGUGUCUUAAUAUCAUGCAGUCGUCAGACCGGAGGAGGAUGGAGGAGGACAUCAGACACAUUGAGGUUCUUAGAGAGAUUUGAUUUCCUCAGCCAAAAUGCAGCCUGGUAUGGUUUUUUACAGUUCCUUUGUAACUUAAUUCUACUAUAUAUAUAUAUGCAACUUUUCUCUUAAAAUUGUUUUCUCAGGGUAGGGUAUUUUUUAAUUUAUUUUAUUUCAUUGGAUAGAUACAGUAAAAAAAAAUUUAUUUGUUAAGUUAAA